AUGACAACCCGCAGGCGGCCCAACAUGUGCCCGUUCUAUACAGUUGGACUGAUUCUUUCAUGUCUCGGCCUGUGCCUUGCUUUCUCGGGCAUUGCUAUUAGCUUGGCCCGCACUACUGCCCGGGCCGGACUCGACGCAACCCAGGCCCAUAUCUCGGCAUCGACAGCAAGACCGAGGUCAACCACCACGACCACAGUUACGGGCGCGCACACCGUCACCGUGACGACAACCAUGUUUGUGUCUCCCACCACGCCCCUUGCGCAGGCUAAGCGGGAUGGCACCAUCGCCCAGCAACUCAACGCCUAUCCGUCGUGGCUGAUUGGCGCGGGGCCAGUGGUUCCGGACCCGACGGCCAAGCCGGCGCUGUCGAUAGACGGCCUAGAGACACCGCUAAUGGCGGCCAAGCUGAACGAUCUCGAAUCGGCCGCACGUCACGGCGGGUACCCGUUUGAGUGGCGUGGGCGCGCGUUUGCCGAGCCCGACCAUGGCGAGGCCAAUAUGAACCUGGCGCAGCUCGGCCAGCAGCCCACCGCUGUAGCUGAGGCAGAGGCCGUGAUAACCGUUACCCCCUUGCCGGCUGUCCUCGACUCCGGCGACUUUUUGAAGAAACGGCAGCCCGGCAGUUGGACUUAUUGGGACCGGAACCGGAACACGCGCGAUCCUCACAAAUCGACGCGGACAAUCAAACGUCCCGAGGGGCCAAGUCCGCUAAGCGACUACUUGGGCGUGCAGCAUGUCCCUGGUUCCCGCGGCAACCGCAAAAUCGACAAGCUAGGCCAUAUGAGCUGGCCGGAAGUUGCCAAUAGGCCAGAUCCGUGCAAGCGGGGCGAGGGAGAGGACGAUUGCAAUCACUGA